AUGGGAAAAGGCACCGAUAAGCUCUACAUCACCCACUCCGAGUGGUCCUCGGCCGACUCCUUUGGCAACGCGCGCGGCGCAAACGGCGCAAACCGAGCCUCUGCCGCGGGCCUGUCGUCGACGUUCAAGCGCCUGCCCUUCAACUACUGCGCCGUCUCGCUGCAGCCCUUCACCGACCCCGUGUGCACCGCGACAGGCACCAUCUUCGACCUCACCCACAUCCUCACCUGGCUCACCAAACACCCUGACACCAACCCCACCGACGGCACCCCCUUGAAGCGCGCAGACCUCAUCACCCUCCACUUCGCCAAGAACGAAGACGGCGAAUAUGUCGACCCCGUCACCUACAAGGUCUUCACAGACAACACGCACAUCGUGGCGCUGAAGAAGAGCGGAAAUGUAUUUGCGUGGGAUACGGUGGAGAGGCUGAACAUCAAGGCGAAGAAUUGGCGAGACCUGGUCAGCGAUGAUGAGUUUACGCGCAAAGACAUCAUCACACUGCAAGAUCCGCAGAACAUUGAGUCGCGCAACUUUGGCGCAUACAAGCAUGUUCAAGAGGGCGACACGGUAAUGCCGGGCUCAGAGAGCGGCGUCAACAAGGACGCGCUGGGCAAUGCGGCAAAGAUACUAAAGGCCAAAGAAGCAGUUGCAAAGGCGCGCGCUGAUCGGCAAGCAAAGGCGCAGGGCGGCAAGGCACCAAAUGCCGUCGCCACAGUCUCGAGAAACGGCACAGCAGCGCCAUCCUCAACAGCAUCCGCAGUACCCAAGAAGCCGGCCUACAACGCCGCAGUCUACACAUCCGGAAAAGCCGCGGCUUCGUUCACCUCGACCGGCGUCACACCUCACACUUCCGGCGAACGCGCCCUUCUCUCCGACGAAGACUACAUGCUGAAGCCGAAGCGCGUAAAAAAUAAAGGUUACGCGCGCAUGUCUACCUCACUUGGCGACCUCAACCUCGAGCUUCUGCCCGAGCACGCGCCAAAAGCCGUCUGGAACUUUGUCAAACUUGCGCAAAAGGGAUACUACAGGAACACCAUCUUCCACCGCAACAUCAAGGGCUUCAUGAUCCAGGGUGGAGAUCCCAGCGGGACUGGGAGGGGUGGGCAGAGCAUUUGGGGUAAGCCGUUUGAAGACGAGUUUGAAGGUCCCAAUCUGCACAAUACCAGGGGCAUACUGUCCAUGGCGAACAAGGGCAAGAACACAAACACUUCGCAGUUCUUCAUCACAUAUCGCGCGGUACCACACCUGGACCGCAAGCAUACCAUCUUCGCGCGCGUAGUCGGUGGGCUCGACACUACAUUGCGAACCAUGGAGCUUGCAGAAACUGGCGAAAAGGACAAGCCAGUGGAUGACAUUGAAAUCCACGACAUAGUCGUCUUCGUCGAUCCCUUUGAAGAGUGGCAAAAGGAGCGAAAGGACAAGGAAAACAAGGACGUUGAGGAAGCAGAGAUCAAGAAGCAAGGCGGCACUGCGGACGACAAGACCACGUGGACAGGAAAACGGAUACGCGCCGAUGGCACCGUCGAUGGUGGCAGCGGAGACGGGUUGGGUGUAGGCAAGUACCUCCAAGCCGCAAAGCAGGAGAUUGUUGAUCAAGGCGACGAUGAGAUCUUGGAAUAUGUAGACGAAGAGGAGGAUGUGGCGCCGGCGCGGAAAAAGGCCAAAACAGGCGGGUUCGGCAACUUUGACGCCUGGUGA